GGGAAGCGCAAGAUCCACGGAAAGCGCAAAAGCUAAAGAGAAGGCCGCACCUCCCCCCACCGGCCGCAUUGUUUCUUCCUCUCUUUUCUCCCCCAAGAUCCUUCUACAUCGGGCGAAUGCGAAUUACGCCCAAUCUCUGGAAGAUGGCGAAAGACACCGUAUACGAAGGCGUCUUCGCCAUCAACAAGCCGUACGGCAUGAGCUCUGCGCAGGUGAUCCGCGAUUGCCAGCAGCAGAUGAACCCCUCGGCUAUCUUCAAGCCGUUGAUCGAGAGAGAUCUUGCCGCUAAGAUGCAAGAGUCCAAGCAAGAGUGGAAGCGUCGACGAGCCGUUAAGAAAGACUCUCGCGUGAAGAUGGGCCAUGGAGGCACACUCGACCCAUUGGCGACCGGCGUGCUGAUCUUGGGUGUCGGAUCGGGUACCAAAUCACUCGGCUCAUUCCUCGACUGCACCAAGACCUACGAGACGGUGGUACUAUUUGGCGCUAGCACAGACACCUACGACCGCGUGGGUAGAAUAUUGAGCAGACGGCCAUACGAUGAGAUCACGAAGGAGAAGGUCGAAAAGGCGAUGGACAGCUUCCGGGGCAAGUUCCAACAGAUCCCCCCUCUGUACUCCGCGCUCAAGAUGGAGGGCAAGCCGCUGUACGAGUACGCUCGCGAGGGCAAGGCUAUUCCUAGAGAAAUCGUGGGACGCGAUGUUGAAGUGACCGAGCUCGAGAUGGUCGAGUGGUACGAGCCUGGAACGCACAACUACAGAUGGCCUACCGAAGAGGCGGAAACGGCCGAGAAGAACCUCGCUGAGCAGGUCUGGCGAGUAGAGAAGCAAGGUGCCUCUGGCCGCCGGCUUACUCCCGAGGAGGAGAAGGAAGAAGAGAAAGCCCUCUCCGAGCACGAGACGGUUAAGAAGAAGUUUGAGGAGCGCCAGGAUGGUCUCAUCCGCGAUAAGCCUGCCAAGAAGCAAAAACCGCCCAAGAACCCGGCUCUGAUGUCUGGCGCCUUGGGACAGCUCCCCGGCGGCAAAGGCUCCAACCUUAUUCCUCCACCUCCGUCUGCGGAUGAGCCCUUCCCUUGGACCGACAAGGGCCCGCCUGCUGCCAGGAUCCGCAUGAAGGUUACCUCUGGAUUCUACGUUCGCAGCUUCUGCCAUGAUCUGGGCGCCAAGGUCGACUCUGCGGGCAUGAUGGCUGAGCUUGAGCGAUCCCGACAGGGCGACUUCGAGGUCCGCACCGAUAGCUGCUUGGAGUACGAAGACGUUCUCAAGGGAGAGGAGGUCUGGGGGCCCAAGGUCACGAAGGCGUUGUCUGAAUGGACCGAGAAGUACCCCAACGGAGCGCCGCAGUCGCAACGCGAAAGACAGAAUGCCCAAGGCCAGCAGAAGCAGCAGAACCACGGCCGCAAGGAUGACAGGAAGCGCAAGUGGGAGAACAAGAGCUUCGACAAGAAUGACAAUGCUUCUAAGAAGAGGAGAAACUCCAGUUCGGGAGACGAGGCGCCCGCCGCCAAGGUGGUCAAGUCGGAGCAGGCUAGUGAUGUCAAGGAGUCUUCGCCCAAGAGGUCUCCCAAGGCGUCUCCCAAGGCGUCACCCAAAGGUUCUCCCAAAACUUCUCCCAAGGCGAAGUCAGCUAACACAAAGAAGUUUGAUGACGUAUGGGAAGGUAUUCAAGACUAAAGUUUCCAAAGCAUGAGCGUCGUAUAGACGAGACAAAACGUACACAGAGACACAAGGGCUUCGUUGAGGGACAUUUUCAGUUUGUGAGGCUACGGCCUGGGAAAAGGGCACGGCGUACGGAGGCUUCCAUUUAGCAUGACCCAGAAAAGCGUUGCGGAUCGAGAGGGUGAUAGUUGGACACUGUAUCAAGACUCGCUCAUUUCGAUUGGCCACUUGCCCGUAUAAAACAUAUGAGCAGACGAGAGAUUAAAAGUCAAAAAUACCUCAUUCAUGUCGUUUGAUUUGCCUUGGAUCGUGACCUGAUAUACAGUCUACCC